AACCAAAUCCCUUCUACUGAUUUACCCACCAGAACCAGGAAGAAAGGAGACCAGUGAGGCCGCCUCAUGUCUCAAUAUUUAGAUCCAUGCAUAAAGAUUCAUAGUGACAAAACACUCUCCACAAGACGGUAUGACAAGAGGGAUGACUUCGGCUUUCCAAAAGUCAACUUUCCCUUCAUGUCGAGGAAUAUUCCAGCAGCUCCAGCCUUUGGUGUUUACUUUUCACAAAUUUAAGAUGCAAUCGAUCAUGCUCUAUCUACCAAGAUUUCAAAGAGUGUCAUACGACUCUUGCUCAGAAGUUGUUUGAUCAAGGUUACAACAUUAAAGGCCUCAGUAAAGCUUUCAAGAAGUUUUAUGGUAGACAUGUGGAGGACAAAUUUCUCCAAAUUUGAGAAGAAUGAUGUCCGAUGAAUUUCCCUAUUUUGACUUUUGCAAUAUGUUGAAAUGGUUUUUUUCAGGUGAACAAUUGACUUGCCUUUGCAUGUGUUUGUGACAAGCGUCAAUGGUGGGGCAGGAGGCGCUCACCUAUUCACGAACAUCUGGUAUCAUUUCUAUUUGACAGUGAUUCAUAAACACAUGCUCAUGAUAUAGUUGGAGUCGUACAAUCGACUCUUUUUCUUUUGGAUAUGGAAAGGGUUUUGUUGCUUUAUUUGGAAAAUAACUGUAGCAAAUGCAUUAAUUUGAAAAGGAAAGUGACAACUUCUUUAUGGUUUCAGUAAUCAUCUCAACACACUCAAGCAAAUAAUGGAAAUACAAGGCCAAACACAGAACCCUGGCUCUCUUACUGAAACAAGUGUAAUCACGGACGGUGGGAGAGUAUUGCUGGAUCUAAAAAAAUACUCUGCUACUGACAUGCUGGAAACAAGUGAUCUCCAGAAACAAUCUGUUGCUGACACGCUGGAUACAGGUGAUCUCAAGAAACAAUCUGUUGCUGACACACUGGAAACAGGUGAUCUCAAGAAACAAUCUGCUACUGACACGCUGGAUACAGGUGAUCUCAAGAAACAAUCUGUUGCUGACACACUGGAAACAGGUGAUCUCCAGAAACAAUCUGUUGCUGACAUACUGGAAACAGGUGAUCUCAAGAAACAAUCUGCUACUGACACUCUGGAAAUAGGUGAUCUCAAGGAACAGUUUCUUACUGACACGCUGGAAACAUGUGAUCUCAAGGAACAAUCUGUUGCUGACACGCUGGAAAUGGGUGAUCUCCAGAAACAAUCUGUUGCUGACACGCUGGAUACAGGUGAUCUCAAGAAACAAUCUGUUGCUGACACACUGGAAACAGGUGAUCUCAAGAAACAAUCUGCUACUGACACGCUGGAUACAGGUGAUCUCAAGAAACAAUCUGUUGCUGACACACUGGAAACAGGUGAUCUCCAGAAACAAUCUGUUGCUGACAUACUGGAAACAGGUGAUCUCAAGAAACAAUCUGCUACUGACACUCUGGAAAUAGGUGAUCUCAAGGAACAGUUUCUUACUGACACGCUGGAAACAUGUGAUCUCAAGGAACAAUCUGUUGCUGACACGCUGGAAAUGGGUGAUCUCCAGAAACAAUCUGUUACUGACACGCUGGAAACAGGUGAUCUCCAGAAACAAUCUGUUACUGACAUGCUGGAAACAGGUGAUCUCCAGAAACAAUCUGUUACUGACAUGCUGGAAACAGGUGAUCUCCAGAAACAAUAUGUUCCUGACACGCUGGAAACAGGUGAUCUCCAGAAACAUAAAUAUUGUGGGGGUCAGUCUCGAAUGUGUAGUGAGAAAGGGAAAACAUUGAUUACAUCAGGUGAUAUGAAAAAUGUUUGUCACAUUGAAGUCAAGUCAUGUAAAUGUGUUGUAUGUGGGAAGAUGUUUGCAGAAGCAGGUUCUCUGCAGACACACAUGAGAAUGCAUAGCGGAAUCAAGCAAUAUCAGUGUGUUGAAUGUGAGAAAAAAUUCAUACAGUCACAUUCCCUGAGGUCACACAUGAAGAUUCACAGUGGAAUCAAGCCGUAUCAGUGCAUGGUGUGUGAGAAAACGUUUGCAGGAUCAGGCUCUCUGCAGACACACAUAAGGAUGCACAGUGGAAUCAAGCCUUAUAAGUGUGUUGAAUGUGAGAAAACAUUUAUACAAUCAGGUCACCUGAAGUCACACAUGAAGAUUCACAGUGGAAUCAAGCCGUAUCAGUGCAUGGUGUGUGAGAAAACGUUUGCAGGAUCAGGCUCUCUGCGGACACACAUGAGGAUGCACAGUGGAAUCAAGCCUUAUAAGUGUGUUGAAUGUGAGAAAACAUUUACACAAUCAAGUCACCUGAAGACACACGUGAGGAUUCACAGUGGAAUCAAGCCAUAUCAGUGCAUGAUGUGUGAGAAAAAGUUUGCAGAAUCAGGCACUCUGCAGACACACAUGAGGAUUCACAGUAGAAUCAAGCCGUAUCAGUGUGUUGAAUGUGGGAAAAGAUUUACACAAUCAAGUCAUCUGAAGGCACACAUGAGGAUUCACAGUGGAAUCAAGCCAUAUCAGUGCAUCGUGUGUGAGAAAACAUUUGCAGAAUCAGGCACUCUGAAGACACACAUGAGGAUGCAUAGUGGAAUCAAGCCUUUUAAGUGUGUUGAAUGUGAGAAAACAUUUACACAAGCAAGUGCUCUGAGGUCACACAUGAGGAUUCACAGUAGAAUCUAGUCUCAUCAGUGAUCUGUGUGUCUAUUUUGGAAUAUGGAUGCAUGAAAAUCGAUUGGGGUGGGUGGAGGGUGAGGGGUACGUGUCAGUAUAAUGGAAAUAUCAGUGUGGGUGUAAGUGUUUUGGCUGGUGGGUGGAGGUGGGCUGGUGUUGGGGAGUGGAUGUUGGGGGGAUGUGUAAUUAUGUACCAGUAUUAAGGAAAUACCAGCGUUGGUGUAAGUGUUUCGGGUGGUGUGUGGAGGU